CCCAGAGAAACCUUAGGAUAAAAGGGAGUCACAGGCAUAGAACAAUUGGGAGUCUCACUGAGGAAAGGACGCUUUGCCUCAGACCCGGAGAAUCGGUGCUCCUGCCCGCCGUACAUAUUGUGACUUCCCUGGCUGAUUGUGGCGUGGAUGUUCUCAGCAUGCAGGGAAAAGACGCCUCCCCGCGCGGUUUCCUGCCUAGGUUCCAACAUUUCGCCACGCAGGCCAUCCAUUCGGGCCAGGAACCAGAGCAAUGGACCUCCCGGGCUCUAGUGCCCCCCAUCUCAUUGGCCACCACGUUCAAGCAAGAGGCUCCUGGCCAGCACUUGGGUUUUGACUACAGCCGCUCUGGGAACCCAACCAGGAAUUGCUUGGAAAAAGCAGUGGCGACACUGGAUGGGGCUAAGUACAGUUUGGCCUUUGCUUCAGGUUUAGCAGCCACUGUGACUAUCACGCAUCUCUUAAAAGCGGGAGACCACAUUAUUUGUAUGGACGAUGGGUAUGGAGGUACAAACAGGUACUUCAUGGAGGUGGCAUCUGAAUUUGGAUUAAAGAUUUCUUUGGUUGAUUGUUCCAAAAUCAAAUUGCUAGAAGCAGCUAUUACACCAGAAACCAAGCUUGUUUGGGUUGAAACCCCCACAAACCCUGUUUUGAAGAUGGUUGACAUUGAAGCCUGUGCACAUACUGUGCACAAAUAUGGAGACAUUAUUUUGGUCGUGGAUAAUACUUUUAUGUCAGCGUAUUUCCAGCGGCCUUUGGCUCUGGGAGCUGAUAUUUGCAUGUAUUCAGCAACAAAAUAUAUGAACGGUCACAGUGAUGUUGUAAUGGGCCUAGUGUCUCUUAAUUCUGAGAGCCUCCAUAGUAAGCUCCGUUUCUUGCAAAAUUCUCUUGGAGCAGUUCCAUCUCCUGUUGACUGUUACCUCUGCAAUCGAGGUCUGAAAACUCUGCAAAUCCGAAUGGAAAAGCAUUUCGAAAAUGGAAUGGCAGUUGCUCAGUUUCUGGAAUCUAAUCCCCUCGUAGAAAAGGUUGUUUAUCCUGGGCUGCCCUCUCAUCCUCAGCAUGAGCUGGCAAAGCGUCAGUGCACAGGCUGCCCCGGCAUGGUCACUUUCUAUAUUAAGGGCACUCUGCAGCAUGCUGAGACUUUCUUCAAGAACCUAAAGGUAUUUACUCUGGCUGAGAGCUUGGGAGGAUUUGAAAGUCUUGCUGAGCUUCCGGCAAUCAUGACCCACGCAUCGGUGCCUAAGAGCAACAGAGAUGCCCUUGGAAUUAGUGACACACUGAUUCGUCUGUCUGUGGGCUUAGAAGAUAAAAAAGACCUACUGGACGAUCUAGAUCAAGCUUUGAAGGCAGCACACUCUCCAAAUGCAAGUCGUGGCUAGCAUCCCAGAACUGCUAUUAGAAGUUGCUUCCUGAGAAGAUCAAACCUUCUGAAUAAUUGAAUGGACCAUGAACGAGCCUUUGCAGAAUUUUCAAGUGAAUAUUUUAAGGCACCUCCUUACCUUUCACAAUGGUAGCCUUCCAGGGACCAUCCCUGUUAAAAACACGUUCGUGUCUCCCUUAUUGCCAGCAGAUCAAUUCUAUUAAUAUCUUUCUGUUAAUCUUGGUGUACAUUUGCCUCUGAAGGAGAUGAGAUUUGUGCUGCUUUGGGGGAUCAUGGUCUUUUUUUUGUAGCUUAAGAUUUAUAUUGAUCGUGUUUACAAUAUAAUGGUGAUUCACUUUUGAUGUUUUCUGAAGAAUUUAAAUUGUUAAAUGAAUGUUCUUAAAUCAAAUGUGAUUUUUGCAUAUUGCUGAAAACAGCACUUAAAACAAUGGUUUACACUUAAUUGCCAUAAGCCAAAAAUCAAAUAUUUGAUUUAGCCAAAAAGUCUACUGUGAAAUUCUACUGAUUUAAGGUUGUACUUACUAUUAAAAAAAAAAUAAAUCUAAUUAUCAAAUGCAUCCCACUGUGGUAUUCCUAGAUUAUGUGGCUUUAACUUGUAUUCCUGGUCCCUUUUAAUUCCCUACUCUCAAAGUUCUCGGCCACUUAUGUUAAUUUUUAUAAAUUCACUUGUAUAGCUAUCAUGCCCACAACUUAAUGUUUGCAGGUUAGUUAUAAAUUCUUUACGUGGCAUGUCAGAAGCUACUUUUAUACACAGAAAUAUUACUUUUUAUAUUUUUAUCUGAAAUAGUAAAUUUGUUGAGGCUAAAGGAAGAAAUCCUUAGAAUCUUUUGUAGUUAAGUGCAUAGUCAGCAAGUUACUGUUAAGAAGUCAUGAGUCAAAUAAUUAGAUUUUUAAAGUUGUUUUUGUACAAAAGACUUUCAGUCAUAUGUUUUCUAUCACCAUUUGUUUCAGUUAAAAAAAGCAUUCAACUUGACUAAUAAAAGUGCUGGGUAGGAGGAGAA